CGCACUCACAUACACAUGGACACACACAUGCACAUAGGCACACACAGACACGCACACACACAAAUGCACACAGAUUUCCAGGACCCUGGUUUUCCUCCUGUGACUUUCUCGGGGCCGGGCUGUCACUCUCCAGGAGCAGCCCCACCCUGGGGUGGCCCCACCCUCUCCUGGGACCUGUCAUAACCCGGUUCCGGGGAGCCUGGCUGCACAGUCCCAGCCGCCUUCCCCAGGCAGUGGAACCCUCGGACUCCUGAGCUUCAGGAUGGUUCAUGCUAAGAGGUGGACCCUGAAGAAGCACUUUGUUGGCAGUCCUACUAAUAGUGACUUUGAGUUGAAGACAGCUGAGCUCCCACCCUUAAAAAAUGGAGAGGUCCUGCUUGAAGCUUUGUUCCUCACCGUGGAUCCUUACAUGAGAGUGGCAGCCAAAAGAUUGAAGGAAGGUGAUACAAUGAUGGGGCAGCAAGUGGCCAGGAUUGUGGAAAGUAAAAAUGCAGACUUACCAACAGGAACUGUUGUACUGGCUUCCUCAGGCUGGACAACGCACUCCAUUUCUGAUGGGAAAGAUCUGGAAAAGCUGCCAACAGAGUGGCCAGACACAAUACCACUGUCUUUGGCUCUGGGGACAGUUGGCAUGACAGGCCUGACUGCCUACUUUGGCCUACUUGACAUCUGUCAUGUGAAGGGUGGAGAAACAGUGAUGGUUAAUGCAGCAUCUGGAGCUGUGGGCUCUGUUGUGGGGCAGAUUGCAAAGCUCAAGGGUUGCAAAGUUGUUGGAGCAGUAGGGUCUGAUGAAAAGGUUGCCUACCUUCAAGAGCUUGGAUUUGAUGUUGUCUUUAACUACAAGACAGUAGAGUCUUUGGAAGAAACCUUGAAGAAAGCCUCUCCUGAUGGUUAUGAUUGUUAUUUUGAUAAUGUAGGUGGAGAGUUUUCAAACACUGUUAUCUCACAGAUGAAGAAAUAUGGAAGAAUUGCCCUAUGUGGAGCCAUCUCUACAUAUAACAGGACCGGCCCACUUCCCCCAGGCCCACCCCCAGAGAUCAUUAUCUAUCAGGAGCUCCGCAUGGAAGGGUUCAUUGUCCACCGCUGGCAAGGAGAUGCCCGCCAAAAAGCUCUGAAGGACUUGCUGAAAUGGGUCUCAGAGGGUAAAAUCCAAUGCAAGGAAUAUAUCAUUAAAGGAUUUGAAAAUAUGCCAGCUGCAUUUAUGGGAAUGCUGAAAGGAGAUAAUUUCGGGAAAACAAUAGUGAAAGCAUGAAAAAAAAGGACACAUGGAAUCUGGAGGCCACUUAGAUGAUUACUGAAUUUGUUUUUCACCAUUUAGCAAAAAUGUAUACUACCUUAAAUGUCUAAGAAAUAGUACUUGUAAUGAGUUUGACCUGCUUAAUAAAAUACAUUUAAGUGGUA